UGUGAUGUGUCGUCUGUCGUGGAGUUGCUGGCAGAUACGUGUACCUGUGUCAAUAAAUGCGAACAAACGUUCAUGAAAUCAACCGACUCAAUGAACCUCAAUCGAAUAAUGCGAAUAGAAUCUACUCCGCUGUUCUAAUUGUAUCAAAUACAUACCGGUGAACGCAUUAGUUUAGUGUUAUUAGUAGGUGUAGUUGUAUUUCCUCUGAUGUUGUACAAGUAAAAUGAGAAAAAUCUGUUUCCUCCUCAUCUGGAGUCUUUUCUCUUGUGUUUCUGCUUGGGAUAGUGACGAGUUAGAAGUAUUUGAUGUUGUUGAAGAUGUAAAAGAAAAUUUUUACACUUUACUCCAAGUACCAAAGGAUGCAAAUUUACAAGCCAUCAAAAAGGCGUUUCGGAGUCUCUCCUUGGUCCUUCAUCCUGACAAGAAUGAUGCCCCGGAUGCUGAGCAGAAAUUCCGUCAGCUUGUGAGCGUCUAUGAUAUUUUACGUGAUCCAGCUAAAAGAGCCCACUAUGAUCGUGUUCUGGAAACCGGUUUACCAGACUGGCGCAUGCCAGUCUACUACUACCGUAGAGUUCGCCGUAUGGGUCUUUUCGAGAUGAUCAUUAUUCUGUUUGUAAUAGUUUCAAUCGGCCAAUAUCUAGUCUCUUGGGCUGCUUACGCAGAAAAAGUCUACACUAUGCAAGAAAUAAUGGGAAGCAAGCUGAAAAAACAGUUGAAAAAACAGAAGAAAGGCAAAGCAGAUCCUCAGUUACCGCCUGAAUUAGAAUUUGAGAUUCCCAAGCCGAGUGUUAAAAACACCCUACCGUUUCAAGUUCCUUAUUUUCUUUGGUUUCUAGUCAUACGAUUGCCACCGCUAUGUUAUGAUGCUCUCAAUGAAUGGUGGGAAAGGAGGAAAGAAGAACCGGCGGAAUCAGAGCCAGAAGUGGAGAUUCGAGAAAAACCUAGACGUAAACGUGUUUACAAUAACCCACUCCCUGAGGUAGGGAAGGAUGCCACCUUACGACAAGCAAAACCAGUCGCACAACCGAAAGCACCUGCUGCCAAGCCUUCUGUGCCUUUAAUAGUUGGUGGACUAUGGACAGACGAUGAUCUCGCAGAACUGGUUCGUCUAGUCAAGAAGUUUCCCCCAGGGCUACCGGAUAGGUGGGAAAAGAUCAGUGAAACUAUGAGAAGACCUGUAAAUGAAAUCACGCACAUGGCUAAGAAGCUGAAAGAAGGCAAUUAUCAAAUCAACAGCACAAAAGAGGAUGUGGAGUUAGAACCUGAGGCUCCAAAGAAGACAAAAACGAGAGGUGGGAAGAUGGGUAACGAUGAACUACCCAAUGGGACAGUGGAAAACUGGUCUCAGACUCAACAAAAGGCCCUGGAAAAUGCCAUGGCCAAGUAUCCGAAAGGUGGUGUAGGUGACCGAUGGGAAAAAAUUUCUAAUGCUGUUCCAGGAAAGUCCAAAGAGGAAUGUUUAUUAAGGUACAAGCAUCUUGUUGAGAUAGUCAAAAAGAAGAAGCAGAUGGAAGAAGAAGAGAAGCAGCAAGGUGAACAGCCAGUGAAUUCCCUCUCUAAUUCUGAAGAUGUGACCGAGGAAAAUUGUUCUCAAAUACCAGAGAUCAAUGAAAUUAGUUAAUAAAUUAAAGAAAAAAAAUUAUUAGGUAAAACUCCUCAGAUGAUAUGAUUUUGAGUUAGGAUUGUAAUGAUAGUCAGGCAUUCCAUUUGUAGAAAAUCUUAUGUCUAGUUUUAUGAAGGCCACAGACCUUCAUUCUAGCAGAUUUCUAAAGUCCUUACUUGUUCCUCCAACUCGUUCCGGUGAAGAAAAUAUGACCGGUAUUGUUGGUGUUUUUAACUUAAAAUUUUGAGUUUUUUCUGUGGAAACCUUCAAAUUUGUGUAAAAUUUCUCUAGGACUUCUAAAGUGUGUCUGCGCUUUUUAGUUUGUGACAACUGAAAACAAUUUUUCUCAUCAACCAUUAUUGUAUCUCCUCACCAUUUUGAUUUGCCUUUUUUGUAUCUUCAAGAUAGUAACUCGAAUCAUUUUCUGUCAAAAUUUUGAAGUUAUUUUACAUCUUGUAAAAUCGAACUAAGGUUUUUGAUCUUGUGUCAGAAAUUAUUUGAUUUUAGAUAGGAAGCUAUGCUACUGUUGAAUGGAGCUCCUCUCUUUUGAAAAAGACAGUAUUUUAGUUUAAGGAUACAUAUUACUUAGGCACAGGAUUAUUUAAAGUUGAAUUAUGAAUUGAGUCUAGCCUGGGAAAAAAUUGACUCGAGCAAUAUAGUUUACUGUAUUUAUAUGUGCUACCAACCAAACCGAACAGACACAACUGUUAAACACA